GAUUCCCUAUUUUUGGGCACUCUGUCCUCUCUGAAGUUGGUGUUCCAAAAUGGAAAUGGAAAUGGAGAGGUCAUCGUCAAUGUCACUGAGGGUGAUACAGCAGGCCAAAGAGGAGUUAGAGAUGCUUGAAGCUCAGCAUCCCAAUAGAUUCCAUUCCCUCAAACUUGACCUCAAGUCCUUCAUCUUCCUUCAUUCCCAAAACCUCUUCCUCAACAGCAACUGCAACAGCAACACCUCUUCUUCAUCUCCUUCUUCUUCUCAAUGCCCACACCACAAAAUGCCCUCUGCCACCUCUUCCUUUGCCACCACACAAGCAUCAAGCAACAGUAGCAGGAAGAGGAAGAGAGGCAUUUUUGAUGACGAAGAAUCUAAUCAGAAAUUUCAAAGGGUUGAUGGAGAUAGGGUUGAUGUGGUUCUCAAGAGAGCUGAAGUCUGCCUCCAAAAGAUUCAGGACUUGAAAACCAACUUCUUCUGCAGUUGACAUGGGACCUGAGAGAUAAGGAAAAAUAGAGAAGAACCUCAGACAGACAGAUGGGAUGCAAAAUGAAUUUUUUUUUGGUUUUGUUUUCUAUCUUUUUUUGAUAUGGAUAUACAAGUCCAGGCAUUUUGCUCACAGUGAUGUUAAUACUUGUAAAGGUUCUAGUUCUAUUCCUGGCCGGUUGGUGUUGGUUUCCA